AUGUCAUCAAGAGGUGACUACCGCAGACGCGACCGCAGCUGGGAGAAGGGGGACCGAGAGCGUUCGCACAGGAGUGAACGCGGCGGACGAGGUGGAAGAGGGGGUAAUUAUCGAGAUGAACCUCGCAGACGAAGCAGCCGCUCACGAAGUCCGCGCAGAGGCGAACGGGAUAGAAGGCACGACUCCGAUAGACGCGAACAUGGUCCAGACAAAGACUAUGACCGUGUAGAUAAAUCACGAUACAGCAGAGACGAUCACCACAGACGGGACGAUAGACGAGACCGUGAAAGAGAUGUCGACCGUCGGGACCGUCGAGAACCAUCACGGAGAGACCACGAGAAGCCCUCACGAGUCGAGGAUACUGUUCAGGACCAACCCCCGAAGGCAACACCACCGCCCGCUCAGAAUGACACUCGGGACCCAAAAGAUCAUAUGGAUGUGGCGGAGGAGGGGGAAACUGAGGAAGUUGAACAGGACGACUCUGCUAUGAUGGCAAUGAUGGGUAUGAGUGGAUUUGGCACCACUAAGGCAUGCUUCGAGGGCAACCAAGAAGGCGGCGCAGACAUCAAGAAGAUUAGGACAUGGCGACAAUAUAUGAACAGACGCGGAGGUUUCAACAGGCCACUUGACAAGAUCAAGUAA